CAAACAGUCGAGCCGCUGCGACUGCGCCCUCCGCUGUAUGCCACGUACAGGUUGACGUCGACAAGCGGACAGACUUCCUGAUGUGAAGCUGGGUUUCUGUGUUUGCCAGCACAGGUAACAGAUUUAGCCUGACACGGUCUUGCCAGAACCACCGAUACCACCGCGGGAUCAAUACGUCCAUUUACAGCAGUGGGAGCAGUAGAGGGAGGACGGCACCAUGAACGGACAGCUGGACCUGAGCGGCAAACUGAUCAUCAAGGCCCAGCUGGGCGAUGACAUCAGACGCAUACCCAUCCACAACGAGGACAUCACCUAUGACGAGCUGGUGCUGAUGAUGCAGCGUGUCUUCAGGGGCAAGCUGCAGAGCAACGAUGAGGUCACCAUCAAAUACAAGGAUGAAGAUGAUGACCUCAUUACUAUUUUCGACAGCUCGGAUCUCUCCUUUGCCAUCCAGUGCAGUAGGAUACUGAAACUCACUCUGUUUGUGAAUGGUCAGCCGAGACCUCUGGAGUCCAGUCAGGUGAAGUAUCUGCGCAGGGAGCUCAUUGAGCUCAGGAACAAAGUCAACAGUCUUCUGGACAGCCUAGAGCCCCCCUCAGAACCUGGCCUGGCUGCAUCAGCACCAGACCGGGACUUGGUGGAUAGACAUGAGGGGAGGGCAGUGGCAGCAGCAGAGGCAGCAAUGAAGCAGGCCCCGGUCCCAGUCAGCGCGGCCAGCAUGUCGGCCUUCGACCCCCUGAAGAACCAGGGCGAGGUCAGCAAGAACGUCAUCUCCGCCUUCGGCCUGAGUGAGGACCAGGUCCCAGCCCCCCCAGGUGUCUUGGCUGAGGAGCGGUCAGGUACUCCAGACAGCAUUGCCUCAUCCUCGUCUGCCGCCCCCCAGCCCGGGGUACCCCCCCAGCCACAGGCCCCCUAUGCAGGGGUACAGCAGGGACCCCCAGCAGCCAUGGACGGUCAGAUGUACCAGUACCAGGCCCCAGGUGGAUACCCACCCCAGCAGCCAGCACCACAGCAGCAGUAUGGCAUGCAGUACCCUGCAGGAUACACCCCCCAGCCCGGGGCCCCGCAACCUGGCGGCCCUCAGCCCCAACAGCAGCAAACUUUCCAGAACUACCCUGCCCCCACCUCCCAGGCCCCCGCGCCUGGCCAGACCCCAGCCCCCGGCUUCCAGGGAGGCCAACAGCAGGCUCCUCCACCUCAGGGUGCACAGCAGUACCCCCCAGGGGUCUUCCCUCCCCAAAACUACACCUCCCAGGCCAACCAGCCUGCCAACUACAGCCUGCCCCCAGGCUCCCAGCCCCAGCCUGGCCAGGGUUACCAGCCCCGUCCCGGCUACACCCCUCCCCCCGGUAGCAACGUCACCCCCCCUCCCGGGGUGUCAAACCCCUACGCCCGCAACCGGCCCCCCUUCGGCUCGGGUUACGCCCAGCCUGGUCCCGGGUACCGGUAAGAGGGGAGGGAACGGGGAAUGUUAUCCACCCACCCCUCCCCUGCGUGUCCUGGCUGUUAGGCUGGGGUUCGGUAAACAUGGUCUGCUAAUCUGUCCAUCCCUCUCAGUCCUCAGAUAUUGAGGAGUGUAUAUCCCAAACAAGCUACAAACCCUCAGUCUGAUCGUCUGUUUGUAUUCUGUCUCGCCCCUUCACCCCACUCUCUCUCUCUCUCACACACACACACACACACAGAUACCGAUGUGUUAUGGCCCUGCUGUAUGACACACAGUGUACUCUAAUAGAGCUGGGACGAUAAACCAAAAAUUGUCAACACCGAUCACACUGACCAUUUAUCGAGGACAUUUUACUGAUAUCAAUAACCACAAGUAGCCUAUACUAGAGAAAUGUGAAGUUUGAAAUGAAAUAAGUUUGCUAAUAUGGGCUAUUGCCAACAUUACUUUUGAUAGUUCCAACAUUUGAAAGUUAUAGUAGUAGUUCUAAGGGUAUGGUAAAAUACAGAAGUAGGCUUACUGGUGCACAUUAAUGUUCUAAACUUAUCAUUCUAUUAAUCGUUAUGGUGAUAAUUCAGUCAUUUAUCGUAAUAUGGAUUUGUGUCCAUAUCGCCCAGCUCUAGGCCCCACCCUCACUCUCCAGCCCUGUGUGUCUGUCAUCGUGAACAUGUAGUCAGUCUGUAAGUACACUCACCUGGAAAGACCAAAACAGGCCUGUGUAUGAAAGCUGUUUAAAUUCUUUUAUACAUUUUAUUUUGCUAGUCUGACAUCUGUAAUGCAUACAUGCAUCUGUAUACGCUGGUCAAGAGAGGACGUUGAUUGGUAUUGCAUUUAACUGGUUUUGGAUAGACAGUAGUUUGCGGAAGCGCGUCUACAGAUGUGUGUAUGAGAGACUAGUGAAAGUGUUCAACUUUUCUUUUUUUUUCUUUUUUUUCUAUAUAUCAUUUGUUUUCCUCACCGCCAUGUUAAUAUUAUGACUGGUAUUGUGACGUGUCAUGGAAUCUGCCCUUUGGUUGAGAACACUGUGUAUUUAAUUAUGGGAGGAGUAGUUUUGAUCCUCCAGAAGAAUCCUACCAUGUUUAGCCUCUUAAAUCACCUCAUUGUUUAUUGCUAUUGCUCUUUAUUUUCCUCACUGGUUUGUACUAAUAUCAAUCAGAAAUUCCACCUUGAAGUGACAUUUAGUUUAUGUAUGGACUAGCAUUUUCUCUGGAACCUAAUAAAGGCUUUGAAACCCA